UUCCUGGAGCUCGCCUUUUCGCCGUCCGGCCUGAGAACGCUCUCCCGGUAGUUUGGUUUGGAGGGUGUUUUCUAGGACGUCAACACGUCCUAGAUUGAGACGCGGACUUUCCGUCAGUGCUGUAACAGCUUCCGGCUCUACCUGGCUGUUGAUACUCUGUAUCUGAGGCGGUGUCCCCUGGAAGGAGACCGAGCUUUAUAGAGAUAUUCGGAGGAAGCCUACGGUAACCUACAUCAGCCCGCCAAGAUGGCGAUGCAAGCGGCCAAGAGGGCGAAUAUUCGCCUCCCACCUGAAGUAAAUCGGAUUUUGUAUAUAAGGAAUUUGCCAUACAAAAUCACAGCGGAAGAAAUGUACGAUAUAUUUGGGAAAUACGGACCUAUUCGUCAAAUCAGAGUAGGGAACACACCUGAAACCAGAGGAACUGCCUAUGUAGUCUACGAGGACAUCUUUGAUGCGAAGAACGCAUGUGACCACCUCUCGGGCUUCAACGUCUGUAACAGAUACCUCGUGGUUUUGUAUUAUAAUGCUAACCGGGCCUUCCAGAAGAUGGACACCAAGAAGAAGGAGGAGCAGCUGAAGCUUCUCAAGGAAAAGUACGGCAUCAACACAGAUCCCCCCAAAUGAGUAACAGCCAUGCCCAGCCCCGGUUGCUCUUCUUUUUAAUUAAUACUGAAUAUUGUGAUUUCUUAUUUGAGGCCAAGAAUGACUUGUUUGAAACUUUUCUAAACACUAGAAUAUAUUAUGUUAAUAAACUGGUAGCUUUUUGUAAAA